AUGGCAGCCAACCAAGCCACCACGGCCCCCACCCAGCUAUCCAAACUCCUCCGUCAAGCUCGCAUUUCCACAUUCGACCCCUCCAUUCCCCAAGUCUACACCUCUCCCCCCGCCUACGCCUUCCGAGGUGAUUUCGGUCUGAAACGCCCCCUCCCAUCCUCCUCCGCCUCCAUCUUUGGCUCCUCUUCCGGCACUUGCCCUUACCCUGGUGCGCUUCGCUAUGUCCAAGUAUCCCAACUCGACACUUCCGAAGGUCAAACCACCUGGAAAGAGCGCGAAAAGGAGGUGCUUUUCCUCAAACGUUGGCGUGAAGCAGAUACCAAACUUAACAUCACUCGACCUGGUUCCACCGGGUAUACCUAUACCGAGCCUGGAAGUCAUGGGCCCAGACCACAGACGAGUUUUUUGAGAACCACUGAGAGGUAUUUCCCGAGCGAAAUCCCAGGAAAGAUUACGUUGACUCCCGAAGAGGAAGCGAGAGAGGGGAGGAAAGAGAGAGAGGCAAGGCUCUACAAUAAUAAAUGGAGGGAGAUUAUGAAGCAUCAUGCCGCAAGGGGGGUUGCUGAUCCCACUUAUAAAGGGUUGGAUUUUAUGGGUGAACUAUCUCCUUCUCCCGCUUUUGGCUUUGAUAACGAAAAGUUUACGGUUCGACCUAAGAUGAUGACCAAUUACAAUGCCUUAUCCGAUGCAGAGUUCGAAAAGUUUCUCAACGGUAUUCGAGGCGAGAGAGGAGCAUUGAAAAAGUUCUUCAGAAACAAAGAACGUGCUCAAUUGCUCGCUUUAAUCCGUAAACGACAAGAAAAGUCUUACGCCAUCGCCCUUCGCGCACAAGAAGAUGCCGAACGUCGAGGAGCAACGAAAGAACCCCUCCCCGAGAUCAACCCGGAAGCAGAACUCGAAAAGCUGCCACUCGCAGAAAUCGAUUUGCUCGAACAAUCCCGUGAUGCAGACGCAACCCAGGAUGCUUUCCGCAUGCUCGAGGAGAAGAGUCUUGGCCAAACUUCAAAAACUCAUUCCACCACCCUCCCCGGUACCUCUCAACCGAACACAAUCCAUCCUUUGGCCGGGUUGCAAUUCUCCCAACCCGACCCCAUCUAUUCCUCCUUAGCCGAUCCUGUUCCGGGUAGGGUGAUUCAUGAAGUUUCGAGUAGAGCGGACAGGUUGUAUAACCGAAACACCAAGAUUGCUGAUGGACGAUCGGUGUUGGUCGGUGGACAUGUUUCCUACUUACAUGCUCCCUUGAGAGCCCAAGCUCCACCGACGAUUGAUUGGAGUAGACAACAGCCGAAGCAGGGUACGGCUUUGUUUAGGAUUGUGGAUGCGUACAGGACGAGUAAUUUAAUGUUGAAUAGUGGGAUGCAUAAGGAUAUGUUGACGCCCAGGAAUGAUGUUGGUUAUAUUAGGAGUAAUGUUGAAUUGGUGAAGACGGAUAGUAGUGGAAAACCGUUGGAUAAGACGGCGGAUAUCGGGGGUGCGGAUUGGGUCGGGAAGACUGUUCAGGAUCCGAAUAGGCCGGUGAGGAGAGCCCUUGGCGCUGGGUUGGCCGAUAACACUGGCGAUGAGAAGAGGCCAGGGAGUUUGAGUGCACUGAGUGCAAGCAGAGCAGCUUCAGCAGGCGCCAAGGCUAAAAACCAAAGGACGCUGGGCCGUACCAGUCAGGCAAGCGCACAAGAAGGGAACAAGAGAUAUUCGACCAAGAAGAUGCUCGACAACCUAGAUUCCCUUAUCAAAACCCCCGACAAGAAGUAA